AUGAAUCUUGAUCUCACUGAAAACAGGAAUAUUUCCAUCCCGUCUUAUUUCUAUAUUAGUGGUUUUUCUGGUAUACCUCACAUGAGGUACUAUUAUAUAUUCUUGUUUUUUGUCUACAUUAUUUCUUUACUUGGAAACUCCUGUCUCAUGCUUGUUAUUAUUAUGGAUCGAAAUCUUCACACUCCUAAAUAUAUUGCUGUCUUUAAUUUAUCACUGACAGACAUUUGUGAGAGUACCGCUGUGAUUCCUCAGCUACUGGAUAUGUUUUUGUUUGGGAAUCAGCUGAUCCCUUAUGGAUUGUGUUUGUGUAAUAUGUUCUCUGUGUUUGUAUUUACUUCAGCACAGUCUUUAACUCUUGCUGUCCUGUCUUUUGACAGAUUAGUAGCAAUUUGUUUACCACUGAGGUAUCAUAUGAUUGUGACCCACAGAUCAAUGCUUGUUAUAAUUGGAGUCAUGUGGGCAGUGGCACUGCUUAUAAUAAUCACAACAACAGUUUUUAUCAGCAGGCUUUCUUUCUGUAGAGUUAUUGUCAUUAUAAAUAGUUUCUACUGUGAUCAUGGCCCUAUAUAUCGUUCUGCCUGUAGCAGCAAUUUCCCAAGCUCUGUGAUAGCCAAAUUGUUCCCAAUAUUAAUUCUCGGCUUUCCAGCAUUUUUUAUCAUCUUUUCAUAUAUGUGCAUAGCUUUGACAUUGUUCAGAAUCACAACCCCACAAGACCGUAAAAGAGCCACAAAGACAUGCACUGCUCAUUUAAUAGUAGUGGCCAUAUUUUAUGUACCCAUCACUUUUACAUAUGCUCUAUCUUCCAUUAUAAACACGAAUACAAGGAUCAUUAAUCUCUCUCUGACCUCUGCACUUCCUCCAAUGCUUAACCCUAUAAUCUACACAUUCAACACAGAGGAGUUCAUUAUCUCUUUGAAAAAGCUUUUUAAACGGAGAAUCAUAUUCCCAUUUCCAAAAUAA